GGAAUACUUAACAGUUCAGUUGUUAAACAGUCGUGAUCUCAGAAAGACGUGUCUGAUGUCAACGAGCGCUUAAAUUUAAUUUGUCUUGAAAGAAAAAAAAAAACAAACUAAACAAUUAGAGAAUAUUUAAUACAAGUGUUUUUAGUUAUUUUGCCUUUGUAUAACAUGACAAGCAAAAGAGAGAGCAAACAAUUUAAAAAUUAGCAAAAAUUAAUCAGGCAAUCAUUUAAUUAAAAACAAAUUUUCCAAUUACUAUUGGAAAAACACUUAAUAAAAAUUAAACAAGUGCUAUAAGGAAUAUUAUUACAAAUAAAUAAAUAAAAAUCAAUUUAUUAACAAAAGGAAUAUUAACUAAAAAAUUAAAGUGCAAUGUUUUAAAUAAAAAACAAAACCAAUUAAGAAAAAUUUAAAAGGAAAUUAAAAAAAAAUAAUUUAAACAAAAUUUAUCUUCCUGUUGUGUUUAAUAAAAAAAUAAAAGACUGUUAACAGCAUUAAUUGCAAAAUAAAACUACAAACUUUAUGUUGAAAUUGUCAUCUUCAGGAAUGACAGUCACUGGUUUACGUGCGAAUAUGACUAGCCCGACGGUACCGCCGCAAACAGCUAUGAACACUACAACCAGCUCCACUACAGUUGUGGUGCAACCACUCAACACAACAACUACAGCAUCAGCACUGGGGGCCAAUACACCCACCUCGCCCUCAGCCUUAAUCAUGGCCCAUCAACAGCAUUUAAGGAAUUUACAGCAUUCCCAUCAUGCCAUCAACAAAACCACAUCAAGACUUAGUAAUUUUAGUGUGGCCUCUUUGCUGGCCGACACCAGGCCACGUACCCCACCCUGCAGCGGAGACAAUGGCUCACAAACGGCACCCACAAAUCUAUCGAGUACUCCAUCGGCCGCUACUUCACCCGUGUCACAUGAAUCGAACUCUUCACCUGCCUCGCCAAAUCAUCAUGCUCACCAACACAACCAGCCCCAGCAACAUCCCCAGUUCCAUUCCGUGGCCAUGGCUCAUCAUGCCAACUUACUGCAUGCCGCCCAAGCGGCAGCAGCAGCUCAUGCUCAACAUCAACAUGCGGCCGCUAUGGCAGCGGCGGCAGCUGCUGUUGGUGCCAGCAAUCCCAAUGGACCCUCUCACUUAACACAUCAUUUGCCUAAUCACUUAAGACAUCCGCUAAAUCCCAGUGGCAUGCCACCAGCCGGUUCCCUACUCAUACAAACCAACACCUCACCCUCACCAAAUAGCAACAAUCCCACAACCACCACACCGCCCGCUUCGUCAGCCAGUUCCACCGCCAACACCGAGUGCAAUGUCAAUACAACUACCUCCACACAGCCGACGGCGAAAAGUGAACGUCACUCGCCCAUUGGUUCCUCCAUAGACUCUGAAUUGGAAUACGAUGAUGAGUUGAACGAACAGGAUUUGGAACAUGAUGAAGAAGAAGAUUCAAUAGUCGAUAUCGAAGAUAUGAAUGCUGAUGACUCCCCACGUUCCACACCCGAUGGCUUGGAUUCAAGUAAAUCACCCGAUGGCCAUGGUUCUCUGCCGAAUUCACCUCAUUUAUUGUCACCCGCCGCUUUAGCAGCUUCUGGCCAUGUGCCCAUCAGACCGACACCAUUUAGUGCUUUAGCUGCCGCAGCUGUUGCCUGGGGUGGUAUUGGUGGUGCUGGUGUACCUUGGCCAGGUGCCCGUCAAAUGCCACCCUUUGGACCACCAGGUUUAUUUCCCGGACAAGGUUUUGGUGGAGGAGACAAUAAUGAACCUCCUCGCAUUAAAUGUAAUUUGCGCAAACACAAGCCAAAUCGUAAGCCCCGCACCCCCUUUACCACUCAACAGUUGUUAUCGCUGGAAAAGAAAUUCCGCGAGAAACAAUAUUUGAGCAUAGCGGAGAGAGCGGAAUUUUCCUCAUCUUUAAGAUUGACUGAGACACAAGUGAAAAUUUGGUUUCAAAAUCGUCGUGCCAAGGCGAAACGUUUGCAGGAAGCGGAAAUUGAAAAAAUUAAAAUGGCUGCUUUGGGUCGUGGUGGUCCAGGGGCUCAAUGGGCCAUGGCUGGUUAUUUUCAUCCCAGUUUAAUGCAUUUGGGUUAGGAACAACUUGAAACCUAAACCUAUACAACACACCAAAGUUUUCCCCUUCCUCCCCCUGACCUCUACUGCUACAAAUUUUUCCCUAAAGAAAAAUCUCCCGCAAAAAAACAGUAGCUCCCCAAUAUGCGCCUGUAAUUUUUAAUUUUAAAAAAUCUAAAAAUAAACCCCAAAUUGCUGUGAUGUUAGCGCAUUUUAAUUGUAAAUAUUUUAUUUAAAACCAACAAAAAAAAA